GUCCUCGGGACCGACAUGGGGACCACAGGACUCCAAUCCACAUUAUGGCUCAUAUACCUGAUGCUGCUGGUCGGCUCACUUACUCAGACUGUAAACAUCAUUUCUUCUUCAGAGGAGCUGGGCGUGAGUUCAGCUAAUACAUCUCACAUCAACCGCGUGUGCACGACAUGGGGAAACUAUCACUUCAAGACCUUUGAUGGACAUUUCUUCCAACUGGCGUCCACCUGUAACCAUGUCCUGACCACGACAUGUGAGGGCAUCUAUGAAAAUUUUAACAUCCAGAUGAAGCGCACGACAGUCAACACAUCAGCCACUAUCAGUAACAUCAUCAUGAAGCUGGACGGUUCUGUGGUGGAGCUGUCUCGGAGCUCAGUGGAAGUCAAUGGAAAGAUAGUGUCUCUACCGUUCGUCACGUUCGGGGUGACUGUGAAGGGGACCACGUCCAGUAUCACUGUCGAAGCUAAGCUGGGAAUCACAGCUAUCUGGAACAUGGAUGACUCCCUGGAUAUUGAAAUGGACGAAAAAUACAGGAACCAGGUCUGUGGACUCUGUGGAAACUUUGACGGGAUAGCCAAUGAUAUCGAGAGAGAUGGAGCUAGUGUGUCUUUGGAAGAUUUUGCUGACACCUACAAGGUGGAUGAGCCGACAGAGAGGUGUGAGGACCCUGAGCUAAACACCGUGCAGAGCUGUGGAAAUGAGAAAUCAUGUGGCGAUAUUUUCUCCAGUGAGCCUUUCAGUGACUGCAGAGAUCGUUUGGAUGUGGCAUCCUUCACUAAAGCCUGUAUGGCUGACGUGUGUAACUCUGUAAACAGCAGCAUGUCCGCGACCUGCAAAACCAUCUCAGAGUUCUCCAGAGAGUGUGUCCACGCCGGUGGCAAGCCCCAACAAUGGAGGAAGGAAGAUUUUUGCGACAUGAAAUGUCCACACAACAUGACGUUCUUGGAGUGUAGCAGUUCUUGUCCUGACACCUGCUCCACCCCUCAGGCCAGCGACACAUGUGCCACCCACUGCCAUGAUGGCUGCAGCUGCCCUGCCGGAACGGUCUUUGAUGACAUCAGUGAAACUGGCUGUAUUCCACAGUCUCAGUGUCCGUGUGUUCACGACCACAAAGUCUACAUGUCAGGAGAGUCGUACUCAUACAACUGUAGAUCCUGUGUGUGUCAGAAUGGUCAGUGGAGUUGCAAAGAGGAGAACUGUCCAGGAAUCUGCUCUGUAGAGGGAGGAUCUCACGUCAACACCUUUGAUGGGAAAGUCUACACCUUCCAUGGGGCCUGCACCUACGUUCUGGCUAAGAAUGGAGACUCUUCAUACACUGUGCUGGUGGACCUGGUCAAGUGCGGGAUGGUUGACAGGAAUACCUGCCUCAGGGCUGUGACUCUGUCCUUAUUUAACAAUUCUGUGGUUGUCAAAAUUCAAGCAUCCGGGCAGGUCCAUGUCAACCAGAUUAUAUCUCAGCUUCCACUGUUCACACCGAUCCUGAGUGUCUUCAAGCCAUCAUCCUUCUACAUGGUCAUUAGUACCAAGCUGGACAUCCAAGUAAUUGUCCAGCUGAUUCCCAGGAUGCAGGUCUUCAUUACUGCUAACCCUUCACUCAAAGGAACCACGUCUGGUUUGUGUGGGAACUUCAAUGACAAAAUGAGUGAUGACUUCAAGGUGAUCAGCGGGCUGGUGGAGGGCACCGCUGCAGCAUUCGCAAACACAUGGAAAACCAGAGCCAGCUGCAAUGACAUUAAAACACACUUUGGACACCCCUGUAACCAUGGCAUCAACAAGGAGAGCUACGCCCAGUACAGUUGCUCCAAACUGACGGAUCCCAUAGGAGUGUUUGCCCCUUGCCACUCUGUCAUUAGCCCCAGCACAUACAAAGAUAACUGCGUGUAUGACAGCUGUAACUGUGACAAAAGUGAAGAUUGCAUGUGUGCGGCAGUCUCCUCAUAUGUCUAUGCCUGUUCAGUGGCAGGAAUCCACCUGAGUGACUGGAGGUCGACUAUCUGUGGAAAAUUCAGUGAAUCAUGUCCACCGGGAACAGUGUAUAGCAAUAACAUGACCAGCUGCAUGCGUAGCUGUCGCUCCCUGAGCCAGGCUGACUACUCCUGCCAGGUCAGCAUCGCCUCAGUGGACGGCUGUGGCUGUGCUCUGGGAACCUACUUGAACGAAGAGGGGAAGUGUGUGGACAGGAAAAGCUGUCCCUGCUAUUAUAAGGACAACAUUAUUCCACCUGGAGAGACUGUCAACAAAGACAAAAGCACAUGCAUCUGCAGAUAUGGAGCACUCAGCUGCUCAGGAGGACUGACUCUAGCCUCAUGCCCUUCACCCACGGUGUACUUCAACUGCUCCGAGGCUCAACCUGGGACCACUGGGACUGAGUGUCAAAAGAGUUGCAGCCCCCUGGACAUGGCCUGUAUCAGUACAGGCUGUACGUCAGGCUGCAUGUGCCCUGAUGGUCUGGUGUCAGAUGGAGUAGGUGGCUGUAUAAAUGAGACCAGCUGUCCAUGUCUGCACAAUGGAAAGGUCUACCACCCUGGAGAGACACUGACUGUAGAUUGCAACACAUGCUCUUGCAGUGAAAGGAAGUUCAAAUGCACCAACAAAUUAUGUGAUUCUGUCUGUGGAAUCUAUGGCGACGGUCACUACAUCACAUUUGAUGAUAAGAGGUUUGACUUCAGUGGCCAGUGUGAAUAUACACUCCUCCAGGACUACUGCGGCACAGGUCAGAACAAUGGAAGCUUCAGAAUUAUCACUGAGAAUGUUCCUUGCGGAACCACAGGAACCACCUGCUCCAAGACCAUCAACAUCUUCCUAGGGGAUAAUGAAUUCCAACUUAAAGAUGAGAACUUCCAAGUGGUAAAGGGCAGCAGCCAAGUGUUCCCUUCUCAGAUACACAAGAUGGGUAUUUACCUGGUGGUGACGAUCAAGCUAGGACUUGUGCUCAUGUGGGACCAGAAGACCAGUCUUUUCAUUAAACUCAGCCCGACGUUCCAGGGUCAAGUCUGUGGUCUGUGUGGAAACUAUGAUGGCAACAGCAAGAAUGACUUCACCACACGCUCCCAGGAGACAGUCGCUGAUGUUCUUGAAUUUGGUAACAGUUGGAAGGUUUCAUCCAGUUGCCCCAAACCUCAACUAAUCAGUGAUCCCUGUGCCUCCAAUGGCUACCGGGCAACCUGGUCACAGAAAAAAUGUAGCAUCAUCACCAGUGUCACCUUCCAGAACUGUCAUUCACAGGUUGACCCUGGUCCAUACUUUGAUUCUUGUGUGAGAGACUCUUGUGCUUGUGACACCGGUGGGGACUGUGAGUGUUUCUGCACUGCUGUGGCUGCCUAUGCCAAGGCUUGUAAUGAAGCUGGAGCCUGCGUUAAAUGGAGAACUCCAAAGCUGUGCCCUAUUUUCUGUGACUAUUAUAAUGCCCCUGAUGGUUGUGAGUGGCACUACAGGCCUUGUGGAGCUGCCUGCAUGAAGACAUGUAGAAAUCCAUCUGGAAACUGUUCCAACCUCAUCACUGCCCUGGAAGGCUGCUAUCCAAAGUGUCCCCCAACCCAGCCCUACUUUGAUGAAGAUACAAUGAAGUGUGUUGCCUGGAAACAGUGUGGCUGCUAUGAUGUCAAAGGCACCCAUUACAGCAUUGGAGAUAAGGUUCCUUCAAAAAACUGUCACAACUGCUCCUGUACAUUUUCUGGAAUAUCAUGCAGCUACAAUAUGAACGAUUGUACAUGCUUUUUAAAUGGAAAAUACUACACAUAUGGGGAGACUAUCUACAAGACCACAGAUGGGCUAGGACACUGCAUUAGAGCUGAGUGUGGGGCUAAUGGAACUGUGACAAGGAACAUCUACCCCUGCUUCACUUCCACCACACCUAGCACUACGUCAGUCCCCUUUUCAUUUAGCACAGCUGGAAAAACAACCACAGUUGUAUUUACUGCAUCAACAGGAACCAAUAUCACACCACAAAAAACCACAUCACAAGCAAUAACGACAUCUGGAGUUAAAACUACCACCUCAGUGCCUGGUGUCACAACUACAAGCGCAGAAACAACAGUUGUUACAUCAAAACCAUCUGUUAGUACCACAACGACUGAAGAAGCUACAACAACCACUAAAGGAAUUACAACUAAACCCGAAGAAACUACAAAAUCAAAGGCAACAACAGUUAAGGUCGAGACAACAACACAACCUAAAUCCACCACUGGACCAGUGACAGCCUCUACCACUAGUGUGGUUGAAACUACCACCUCAGUGCCUGGUGUCACAACUGUAAGCCCAGAAACAACAGUUGUAACAUCAAAACCAUCUGUUAGUACCACAACGACUGAAGAAGCUACAACAACCACUAAAGGAACUACAACUAAACCCGAAGAAACUACAAAAUCAAAGGCAACCACAGUUAAGGUCGAGACAACAACACAACCUAAAUCCACCACUGGUCCAGUGACAGCCUCUACCACUAGUGUGGUUGAAACUACCACCUCAGUGCCCGGUGUCACAACUACAAGCCCAGAAACAACAGUUGUAACAUCAAAACCCUCUGUUAGUACCACAACAACUAAAGAAGCUACAACAAUCACUAAAGGAACUACAACUAAACCUGAAGAAACGACUAAAUCAAAGGCAACCACGGUUGAGGUCGAGACAACAACACCACCUAAAUCCACCACUGGUCCAGUGACAGCCUCUACCACAAGUGUGGUUGAAACUACUACCACAGUGCGUGGUGUCACAACUACAAGCCCAGAAAUAACAGCUGUAACAUCAAAACCAUCUGUUAGUACCACAACAACCAAAGUAGCUACAACAAUCACUAAAGGAACUACAGCUAUACCUGAAGAAACGACUAAAUCAAAGGCAACCACAGUUAAGGUCGAGACAACAACACCACCUAAAUCCACCACUGGUCCAGUGACAGCCUCUACCACAAGUGUGGUUGAAACUACCACCUCAGUGCCUGGUGUCACAACUACAAGCCCAGAAACAACAGCUGUAACAUCAAAACCAUCUGUUAGUACCACAACUACUGAAGUAGCUACAACAAUCACUAAAGGAACUACAACUAAACCUGAGGAAACUACAAAAUCAAAGGCAACAACAGUUAAGGUUGAGACAACAACACCACCUAAAUCCACCACUGGUCCAGUGACAGCCUCUACCACUAGUGUGGUUGAAACUACCACCUCAGUGCCUGGUGUCACAACUACAAGAGCAGAAACAACAGUUGUAACAUCAAAACCCUCUGUUAGUACCGCAACAACGAAAGUAGCUACAACAAUCACUAAAGGAACUACAACUAAACCUGAGGAAACUACAAAAUCAAAGGCAACAACAGUUAAGGUCGAGACGACAACACCACCUAAAUCCACCACUGGUCCAGUGACAGCCUCUACCACUAGUGUGGUUGAAACUACCACCUCAGUGCCUGGUGUCACAACUACAAGCCCAGAAACCACAGCUGUAACAUCAAAACCAUCUGUUAGUACCACAACUACUGAAGUAGCUACAACAAUCACUAAAGGAACUACAACUAAACCUGAAGAAACAACUAAAUCAAAGGCAACCACAGUUAAGGUCGAGACAACAAAACCACCUAAAUCCACCACUGGUCCAGUGACAGCCUCUACCACUAGUGUGGUUGAAACUACCACCUCAGUGCCUGGUGUCACAACUACAAGAGCAGAAACAACAGUUGUAACAUCAAAACCCUCUGUUAGUACCACAACUACUGAAGUAGCUACAACAAUCACUAAAGGAACUACAACUAAACCUGAGGAAACUACAAAAUCAAAGGCAACAACAGUUAAGGUUGAGACAACAACACCACCUAAAUCCACCACUGGUCCAGUAACAGCCUCUACCACUAGUGUGGUUGAAACUACCACCUCAGUGCCUGGUGUCACAACUACAAGCCCAGAAACAACAGCUGUAACAUCAAAACCAUCUGUUAGUACCACAACAACCAAAGUAGCUACAACAAUCACUAAAGGAACUACAGCUUUAACUGAAGAAACGACUAAAUCAAAGGCAACCACAGUAAAGGUCGAGACGACAACACCACCUAAAUCCACCACUGGUCCAGUGACAGCCUUUACCACUAGUGUGGUUGAAACUACCACCUCAGUGCCUGCCUUUACCACUAGUGUGGUUGAAACUACCACCUCAGUGCCUGGUGUCACAACUACAAGCCCAGAAACCACAGCUGUAACAUCAAAACCAUCUGUUAGUACCACAACUACUAAAGUAGCUACAACAAUCACUAAAGGAACUACAACUAAACCUGAAGAAACAACUAAAUCAAAGGCAACCACAGUUAAGGUCGAGACAACAAAACCACCUAAAUCCACCACUGGUCCAGUGACAGCCUCUACCACUAGUGUGGUUGAAACUACCACCUCAGUGCCUGCCUCUACCACCAGUGUGGUUGAAACUACCACCUCAGUGCCUGGUGUCACAACUACAAGCCCAGAAACAACAGCUGUAACAUCAAAACCCUCUGUUAGUACCACAACUACUGAAGUAGCUACAACAAUCACUAAAGGAACUACAACUAAACCUGAGGAAACUACAAAAUCAAAGGCAACAACAGUUAAGGUUGAGACAACAACACCACCUAAAUCCACCACUGGUCCAGUGACAGCCUCUACCACUAGUGUGGUUGAAACUACCACCUCAGUGCCUGGUGUCACAACUACAAGCCCAGAAACAACAGCUGUAACAUCAAAACCAUCUGUUAGUACCACAACAACCAAAGUAGCUACAACAACCACUAAAGGAACUACAGCUUUAACUGAAGAAACGACAAAAUCAAAGGCAACCACAGUAAAGGUCGAGACGACAACACCACCUAAAUCCACCACUGGUCCAGUGACAGCCUCUACCACCAGUGUGGUUGAAACUACCACCUCAGUGCCUGGUGUCACAACUACAAGCCCAGAAACCACAGCUGUAACAUCAAAACCAUCUGUUAGUACCACAACUACUAAAGUAGCUACAACAAUCACUAAAGGAACUACAACUAAACCUGAAGAAACGACUAAAUCAAAGGCAACCACAAUUAAGGUCGAGACAACAAAACCACCUAAAUCCACCACUGGUCCAGUGACAGCCUCUACCACUAGUGUGGUUGAAACUACCACCUCAGUGCCUGGUGUCACAACUACAAGAGCAGAAACAACAGUUGUAACAUCAAAACCCUCUGUUAGUACCGCAACAACCAAAGUAGCUACAACAAUCACUAAAGGAACUACAACUAAACCUGAGGAAACUACAAAAUCGAAGGCAACCACAGUUAAGGUCGAGACAACAACACCACCUAAAUCCACCACUGGUCCAGUGACAGCCUCUACCACAAGUGUGGUUGAAACUACUACCUCAGUGCCUGGUGUGACAACUACAAGCCCAGAAACAACAGCUGUAACAUCAAAACCCUCUGUUAGUACCACAACUACUGAAGUAGCUACAACAAUCACUAAAGGAACUACAACUAAACCUGAGGAAACUACAAAAUCAAAGGCAACAACAGUUAAGGUCGAGACAACAACACCACCUAAAUCCACCACUGGUCCAGUGACAGCCUCUACCACCAGUGUGGUUGAAACUACCACCUCAGUGCCUGGUGUCACAACUACAAGCCCAGAAACAACAGUUGUUACAUCAAAACCCUCUGUUAGUACCACAACAACCAAAGUAGCUACAACAACCACUAAAGGAACUACAACUAAACCCGAAGAAACAACUAAAUCAAAGGCAACCACAGUUAAGGUCGAGACAACAACACCACCUAAAUCCACCACUGGUCCAGUGACAGCCUCUACCACCAGUGUGGUUGAAACUACUACCUCAGUGCCCGGUGUCACAACUAAAACCCCAGAAACAACAGUUGUAACAUCAAAACCAUCUGUUAGUACCACAACUACUAAAGUAGCUACAACAAUCACUAAAGGAACUACAACUAAACCUGAAGAAACGACUAAAUCAAAGGCAACCACAGUUAAGGUCGAGACGACAACACCACCUAAAUCCACCACUGCACCUAAAUCCAGCACCGGUCCAGUGACAGCCUCUACCACCAGUGUGGUUGAAACUACCACCUCAGUGCCUGGUGUCACAACUACAAGCCCAGAAACAACAGCUCUAACAUCAAAACCAUCUGUUAGUACCACAACUACUGAAGUAGCUACAACAAUCACUAAAGGAACUACAACUAAACCUGAGGAAACUACAAAAUCAAAGGCAACAACAGUUAAGGUCGAGACGACAACACCACCUAAAUCCACCACUGGUCCAGUGACAGCCUCUACCACUAGUGUGGUUGAAACUACCACCUCAGUGCCUGGUGUCACAACUACAAGAGCCGAAACAACAGUUGUAACAUCAAAACCAUCUGUUAGUACCACAACAACUAAAGUAGCUACAACAAUCACUAAAGGAACUACAACUAAACCCGAAGAAACAACUAAAUCAAAGGCAACCACAGUUAAGGUCGAGACAACAACAGCACCUAAAUCCAGCACCGGUCCAGUGACAGCCUCUACCACCAGUGUGGUUGAAACUACCACCUCAGUGCCUGGUGUCACAACUACAAGCCCAGAAACAACAGCUCUAACAUCAAAACCAUCUGUUAGUACCACAACUACUGAAGUAGCUACAACAAUCACUAAAGGAACUACAACUAAACCUGAGGAAACUACAAAAUCAAAGGCAACAACAGUUAAGGUCGAGACGACAACACCACCUAAAUCCACCACUGGUCCAGUGACAGCCUCUACCACUAGUGUGGUUGAAACUACCACCUCAGUGCCUGGUGUCACAACUACAAGAGCCGAAACAACAGUUGUAACAUCAAAACCCUCUGUUAGUACCACAACAACCAAAGUAGCUACAACAAUCACUAAAGGAACUACAACUAAACCCGAAGAAACAACUAAAUCAAAGGCAACCACAGUUAAGGUCGAGACAACAACACCACCUAAAUCCACCACUGGUCCAGUGACAGCCUCUACCACCAGUGUGGUUGAAACUACCACCUCAGUGCCUGGUGUCACAACUACAAGCCCAGAAACAACAGUUGUAACAUCAAAACCAUCUGUUAGUACCACAACUACUGAAGUAGCUACAACAACCACUAAAGGAACUACAACUAAACCCGAAGAAACUACAAAAUCAAAGGCAACCACAGUUAAGGUCGAGACGACAACACCACCUAAAUCCACCACUGGUUCAGUGACAGCCUCUACCACUAGUGUGGUUGAAACUACAACCUCAGUGCCUGGUGUCAAAACUACAAGAGCAGAAACAACAGUUGUAACAUCAAAACCCUCUGUUAGUACCACAACAACCAAAGUAGCUACAACAAUCACUAAAGGAACUACAACUAAACCUGAGGAAACUACAAAAUCAAAGGCAACCACGGUAAAGGUCGAGACGACAACACCACCUAAAUCUACCACUGGUCCAGUGACAGCCUCUACCACCAGUGUGGUUGAAACUACUACCUCAGUGCCCGGUGUCACAACUAAAACCCCAGAAACAACAGUUGUAACAUCAAAACCAUCUGUUAGUACCACAACUACUAAAGUAGCUACAACAAUCACUAAAGGAACUACAACUAAACCUGAAGAAACAACUAAAUCAAAGGCAACCACAGUUAAGGUCGAGACAACAACACCACCUAAAUCCACCACUGGUCCAGUGACAGCCUCUACCACUAGUUUGGUUGAAACUACCACCUCAGUGCCUGGUGUCACAACUACAAGCCCAGAAACAACAGCUGUAACAUCAAAACCCUCUGUUAGUACCACAACUACUGAAGUAGCUACAACAAUCACUAAAGGAACUACAACUAAACCUGAGGAAACUACAAAAUCAAAGGCAACAACAGUUAAGGUUGAGACAACAACACCACCUAAAUCCACCACUGGUCCAGUGACAGCCUCUACCACUAGUGUGGUUGAAACUACCACCUCAGUGCCUGGUGUCACAACUACAAGCCCAGAAACAACAGCUGUAACAUCAAAACCCUCUGUUAGUACCACAACAACCAAAGUAGCUACAACAAUCACUAAAGGAACUACAGCUUUAACUGAAGAAACGACAAAAUCAAAGGCAACCACAGUAAAGGUCGAGACGACAACACCACCUAAAUCCACCACUGGUCCAGUGACAGCCUCUACCACCAGUGUGGUUGAAACUACCACCUCAGUGCCUGGUGUCACAACUACAAGCCCAGAAACCACAGCUGUAACAUCAAAACCAUCUGUUAGUACCGCAACAACCAAAGUAGCUACAACAAUCACUAAAGGAACUACAACUAAACCUGAGGAAACUACAAAAUCGAAGGCAACCACAGUUAAGGUCGAGACAACAACACCACCUAAAUCCACCACUGGUCCAGUGACAGCCUCUACCACUAGUGUGGUUGAAACUACCACCUCAGUGCCUGGUGUCACAACUACAAGCCCAGAAACAACAGUUGUAACAUCAAAACCAUCUGUUAGUACCACAACUACUGAAGUAGCUACAACAACCACUAAAGGAACUACAACUAAACCCGAAGAAACUACAAAAUCAAAGGCAACCACAGUUAAGGUCGAGACGACAACACCACCUAAAGUUGUAACAUCAAAACCCUCUGUUAGUACCACAACAACCAAAGUAGCUACAACAAUCACUAAAGGAACUACAACUAAACCCGAAGAAACAACUAAAUCAAAGGCAACCACAGUUAAGGUCGAGACAACAACAGCACCUAAAUCCACCACUGGUCCAGUGACAGCCUCUACCACCAGUGUGGUUGAAACUACUACCUCAGUGCCCGGUGUCACAACUACAAGCCCAGAAACAACAGUUGUAACAUCAAAACCCUCUGUUAGUACCACAACUACUGAAGUAGCUACAACAACCACUAAAGGAACUACAACUAAACCCGAAGAAACUACAAAAUCAAAGGCAACAACAGUUAAGGUCGAGACGACAACAGCACCUAAAUCCACCACCGGUCCAGUGAGAGCCUCUACCACCACCUCUACCACUAGUUUGGUUGAAACUACCACAAGUGUACAAACAGGAACAACUUUCAAAGGUACAACUUCUAUUGGCCCAAUUACACAGACACUUCCACCCAGCACAACUGUUUAUGCAACAAGUACAAUCACAGCCCAACAGACCCCAACUACAGCUUCGUCCACUACUUCGUUAUUAACCACAACUACAACACCAUGUGUCUGCAUUAUCGAUGGAACUUCAUAUAAACCUGGGGAAUUGGUCUACAAUGUGACCGAUGGCUUAGAGUGGUGUUAUGUUAAAUAUUGUAAUGCAUCAUGUAAAACUGAGAUACAAUCUAGACCAUGUCCCACAACAACAAUACCCACCACAACUGCAGUGUUCAGCACAAUAUCAACCUCAGUUCCUCCCACCUCAACUAGUCCUACCUCUACUCCCACUCCAUCGACAACCCCAUCUACAACAACCCUGGACUGCAAUGAUGUGAAUCCAACAAGAAAGAAUGGAGAAACCUGGACGGUUGGCAACUGCACCACAGCUAAGUGCAUUAAUGGGAAAGUCACAGAGAUGCCUACUUCCUGUCCCACAGUACAACAACUGAUCUGUGCUAAUGGGCGCAAUGCUGUCAAGACCUAUGAUAAUGAUGAAUGCUGCUUCCAAUAUGAAUGUCAAUGUGUGUGCAGCGUCUGGAGUGGAUCCCACUACAAGACAUUUGAUGGAAAUACCUAUGAUUUCAACAAGAACUGCACUUACUACCUGGUCAAAGAGAUUAUCACCAAGUAUAACCUGAGUAUUUUAGUAAACAACCACGACUGUGAUCCUACAGAAAGUACAUUCUGCUCUCAGGACCUCAUUGUUAUAUACCAAUCCUACAAGGUGGUCUUUACUCAAGAGAAGACUUCAGAAUCAUCAGAGAAUGCAGUGUAUUUGAAUGACAAACGAAUCUAUCCGGCCUACAGCAAUUCUGUCCUGCGCUUCACUAGUACAGAUAUGGUGGUCACAAUGGAGAUACCAGGGAUCGAUGUAGAAGUGGUCUAUAGAGCCUCCUCAUUCAGCAUUGACCUCCCCUAUUCCCUCUUUGAGGGUAACACCGAAGGACAGUGUGGGACCUGUGACAACUACCAGCCCAACGACUGUCGUUCUCCCAAUGGCCAGAUGGAAAGCUGUUCAGACUCUGCAGGCCAGUGGUCUGACCCAAGUUCACCCUGUAUCAACCCUACUACUACUACAGCACCAACGUCUACAACAAAACCACCAUUCACAACAUCACAGCCCACAUGCAAACCUGCUAUCUGUGAUCUCCUAAAAACCAGUGUAUUUGAGCCAUGCCAUUCAGUCAUAUCACCAGGACCAUAUGUGACGACCUGUGUAUCCGACAUUUGUAAGAAUGGCAAUAAUACUUGCACCAGCCUGGAGGCCUAUGCCACUGAGUGCUCUAAUGCAGGAGUCUGUAUCGACUGGAGGAAUGCUACCAAGGGGCAGUGUGAGCACAAGUGUCCUAUCGACCAAGUGUACAAGGCUUGUGGUCCCAAAGUGGAGCUGACAUGUAAUGGAAGAUACAACAAAAAGUUCCAGGCCAGUAUGAUGGCAGCCAAUAACAAUUCUAAGGAGGGUUGCUUCUGUACUAAUGGCGCCACCUUAUUCAACCCAGAAGACGACACAUGUGUUGAAUCCUGCUAUUGUGUUGGGCCUACUGGAAAACCCCAACCGAUUAAUGAAACUUGGACAGUCGGCUGCUCUCUCUGUGGGUGCGACACAGAUUCCAUGAGUGUCAAGUGUAAGCCUGUUGUGUGCCCAACAAUACCGAGCCCCAUCUGCAACCCACCUUACAAAUUGGUUGAGACGGACGGCUGCUGCCCCAAACUGUCAUGUGAAUGUGAUUUAAGUCUGUGUCCUACUCUCAAAACCUGCAAACCAGGCUUCCAACUCAACAUCACCAACAGCACCUGCUGCCAAUCUUAUGAGUGUGUCCCUAAAGGCGUGUGUGUCUACAACAUGACUGAGUACAAGCCAGGUGCCAAGAUACCAUGGACACCAGGAACAACACCAGAACCACCGAUAGAAGCACCAUCAACUUCAGAACUAACAUCAAAAACAACAGCACCACCACCAGGACCUGGACAACCGUCAGGAACAACAGCAGCACCUUCAGGACCUGGACAACCGAAAGGAACAACAGCAGCACCUUCAGGACCUGGACAACCGUUAGGAACAACAGCAGCACCUUCAGGACCUGGACAACCGAAAGGAACAACAGCAGCACCUUCAGGACCUGGACAACCGUUAGGAACAACAGCAGCACCUUCAGGACCUGGACAACCGAAAGGAACAACAGCAGCACCUUCAGGACCUGGACAACCGAAAGGAACAACAGCAGCACCUUCAGGACCUGGACAACCGUUAGGAACAACAGCAGCACCUUCAGGACCUGGACAACCGAAAGGAACAACAGCAGCACCUUCAGGACCUGGACAACCGAAAGGAACAACAGCAGCACCUUCAGGACCUGGACAACCGUUAGGAACAACAGCAGCACCUUCAGGACCUGGACAACCGAAAGGAACAACAGCAGCACCUUCAGGACCUGGACAACCGAAAGGAACAACAGCAGCACCUUCAGGACCUGGACAACCGUUAGGAACAACAGCAGCACCUUCAGGACCUGGACAACCGAAAGGAACAACAGCAGCACCUUCAGGACCUGGACAACCGAAAGGAACAACAGCAGCACCUUCAGGACCUGGACAACCGAAAGGAACAACAGCGCCACAACCAGGACCUGGACAACCGAAAGGAACAACAGCGCCACAACCAGGACCUGGACAACCGAAAGGAACAACAGCGCCACAACCAGGAGAGGGGGGAUCAACUAUGGGACCUAUAUCAGAGGAGUCCACAACACCAGGUCCCUGCAAAGAGUGUUACUGUGGCCCCAAAAUGGAUCCCAACACAAAGCUGAACGGCAUUAUGUGCAAACCUAUUGUCUGCAACAAAAAAUGCUCCAUAGGUUACGAAUAUCAGACCACACCUGACAAGUGCUGCGGGACCUGUGUUCAGACGGCCUGUGUUGUCGUCUCACCUGACAACACUUCCCUUGUCAUUGAGGUCGACAAGACUUCUGUAUCGCCUACUGACAAGUGUGUGCAGUACACCUGUUUGAAGAUUGAUGGAAAGUUUCAUACCAAGGAGACCGAGACAAUUUGUCCUCAAUUUAACCCCCUGGAUUGUGUACCUGGCACGGAGACAACUGACACAAAUGGAUGUUGCAAAAGCUGCAAACCCAGGGCGGCCUGUGAGGUGGUCCAGAGUAAUGAGACAGUCAUCGAGGUGGGAGGCUGUAAGAGCACACAGCCGGUCAACAUGGCGUACUGCGCCGGACACUGUGGAAGCAUGUCCAUGUAUUCUGCAGCAGCUAACAUGAUGAUGCAUAAGUGUGAGUGUUGCCAAGAGGCCAGGACCAGUCAGAUACAGGUGGAGCUGACCUGCGCCGACAACUCCAAGGUGCAGCACAGCUACACGCUAGUGGAGGCGUGCCGCUGCACACCAGCAGAGUGUGUGCCAGGGACGACUCCCAGAUCACAGCGCCGCAGGAGGCGCUGAUCACUCACUGAAUCCUGCCGGACACUGGACUGACUCCUAACACGAUGCAAGACUUAGAUCUUAAAUCUUCUUCCUCUUCUUGUCAGAUUUUUAUUUAUAGCCCAACAGGCUACUUUGAUGUAAACUUUCUUCAUCUUUUUUUCUUGGAUGAUGGUAAUUAAAAGUUUAUUCCUGCAA